AGUAAUCAAAUUGAUAACGUGACCUAAUAUAGUCGCGACGCCACUCUUCAACCAAACCCACCCUCUUCUUUUUUGGUUACUACUAUACACGAUACCCCAUGGAGAAUAUUCGCCAACGUCUACUAGCCCAAAGGGCAGAUCUUUUCCCUGAUGCUACCGCAUCUCGCACACCAAGCGUCACGAGCAUAUCUUCCUCAAGCACCUCUAGUUCCAGCUCUGCUCGAGAUGCUACUGGCAAGAGUAGAAAAGGCGCAAUUGUCAUCCUUUCAUCUGACGAUGAGGAGGAGGAGGCUCGAGAUAAACUUGGUCCACGUCCAUUGAAACCUACAAACGUCAAUAAGCAAACUCAACCUCUUCCGAGAUCGAAACCUUCGCAGACGACCAAAACCAUGGCGUAUCCAUCUAACGCCUUCUUUUCAGGAGCGGGCUCUGAGCCGUAUGAGACCAAUGUCAAGACUCUAGAUGAAGAUGAGCAGAAGGACGGCGAGGAGGUGGUGGUUCCCGACUUCAAGGAGGAUGAACAUAGGUUCAUCUCCCCUGCAGAUGCCGAGAAAGCUUUACGCGACUUGAUGGGUGGUGCGAUGAAUCAAGACGUAGAUGUUGAGAUCAAUCCAGACGAUGCUACUGUGAAAGGGUUCAAAGACGAAUUCAAGCUUCUCGAUCACCAGGUUAUCGGACGUAAGUGGAUGCGGGACCGAGAGGACCCAAAAUUGAAACGUAUGGGAGGCAUUCUUGCUGAUGAUAUGGGCCUUGGGAAAACGAUACAGACUUUGACUCGUAUCGUUGAAGGGUGUCCUCGUAAGAGCGACAAAGAGGACGGGUGGGAUCCUGCCACCUUGGUUGUUUGCCCACUAGCACUCGUUCAACAAUGGGCUGACGAGAUUAAGAGGAUCACGACAGGACUCACAGUAGUGAAACAUCAAGGGCCCUCCCGAGAUUCAGAUCCCAGGAAGCUAAAACGUGCUCAUAUCGUGAUCACAACCUACGACACACUGAAGUCGGAAUAUGGCGUCUUCAAUCCUGGUGAUGGUCAACGUAAAGUCAAAACAAAGAAAACGGUUGCGAGUGACGACGACAGCGACAGUUCAGAGGCAGAACAUUUUGGUCGAACAUUGAAAAAAUCUGCCAAGAAGACCACCAAGGCAAAAAAAGACGCUUUGUAUCAUAUGCAAUGGUUUCGAGUAAUUCUCGAUGAAGCUCAUAAUAUCAAGAAUAGGAAUACCGCUGCCGCUAAGGCUUGUUGUGGGCUGGAGGCCAAGUUUCGAUGGGCGCUCACUGGUACUCCCAUGCAGAACGAUGUUACUGAACUGUACUCGCUCCUAAAAUUUCUUCGCAUCAAACCCUUCUCCGUAUGGGAGAGAUUCAACGAACAAAUCGCUAAACCUGUCAAAAAUGGAAGGGGUGCAAAUCGUGCCAUGAAGAGACUACAGGUCGUUUUGAAACAAAUCAUGCUAAGGCGUCGCAAAGACGACACGAUCAAUGGCAAGAUUUUGAUCAAUCUGCCUAAAAGAACGGUCAAUGUCGUUUCAUGUCCUUUCUCGCCAUCGGAGCAACAAUUUUAUACUAACCUGGAGACAAAAAUGAGUGAUGUUAUGGAGCAACUCGUCGAGGAUGCGCAGAAAGCUGGUGUCAAAGCCAAUUACAUGUCCGUGUUGCUGUUGUUGCUGCGUCUUCGUCAGGCCUGCAAUCAUCCGAUCCUUGUGUCGAAAGACUAUAAAGAGGAUCUCGACGCUGUCGAUUCUAAGGCGGCCAAGAAAGGGUCUCCAGAUGUGGAUGGAGACGAUCUUAUUGCUGCGUUUGAUCAAUUAAACGUUUCCAAGAAAUGUAAAAUGUGCACUGCAGAUCUUACCGCUCUCAAUACUCCCAACAAAACUUUGGAUGGGCAUUGUGAUGAUUGUGCCUCCCUUGUUAUCAAGUCUAAACAGCAAAAUGACCAUCGUCCGGACUCGGCAAAAAUCAGGAUGGUCCGCAAGUUACUGAGGCAGAUCGACGAGCGGUCAGCGGGAGAGGAAAAAACCAUUAUCUUCUCCCAAUUCACCACUAUGAUUGAUCUUAUGGAACCUUUUUUGAAGGAGAGUGGUGUCAAGUUUGUUCGUUAUGAUGGUUCUAUGAAGCCUUUAGAACGGGAACGUUCUCUCAACGAUAUAAAAACAGACGAUUCAAUCAAAGUCAUUCUAAUUUCGUUCAAGGCUGGCAGUACUGGACUUAACCUGACGGCUUGCAACAAUGUUAUUCUUGUUGAUCUGUGGUGGAAUCCUGCUCUUGAGGACCAAGCAUUCGAUCGUUCCCAUCGUUUUGGACAGAAGCGCGACGUGAACAUCUACAAGCUCAAAAUUGACAGUACUGUUGAAGAUCGUAUUCUCGAGCUACAGGACAAAAAACGCGAACUCGCACGUGCUGCACUUAGUGGUGACAAGAUCAGGAACAUGCGUCUGGGAAUGGACGAGCUUCUUGCACUAUUCAGACCUGGCCGCGGCGGGGACUCUGAUGAAGAGUAGAUCCACAUUUUCGUGUACGACGGCUUACGAUUCAUUUCUACAAUCUCUUACUGUGACGGACGAAACCAGCCUCCUCACAUCGUUGGAGUACUGUUUAGCUUUGUUUGUGGAGGAGCUUAAGCGCAUAAUUACUAGCCUUUUUGAUAUACAAAUCUGAGCAAGCAGCUCCGUCUUUCUGCAAGUUUCUUGCAUCCAGACAGCCCCAAUUUACUCCAACAAUGACGAAAUCAGCCUCCU